AAUAGAGAUCUACCGCGGCCAGAGAGAUUAGGUUGCUCCUAUCUUCUCGUCAACAGAAAAGUUUCUCUCGGCCAGAAACCAUGUCCUAUUUGCCGCCGAUGUUGGAUCCUGAUGAAUAUUGGGAUACAUUCCGAGCCGAACACACAGGUGUCUUCUGGGACGUCAAUAGUUUCCCAAUUCCAGAUAUCCAUCCCCACUUGAUUUAUGAGAAUAUCAAGUUAACCCUUAGCAGUAAAGGUUACACGGGACCCGUGUCUAUAUGGUUGUAUGCAUAUAGUGAAUCCCAGAUACGGAAUAAGGAGGAUUAUGAGCUUGCUGGAAUCAGAUUCUGUUUCGAACCUUACGACACGAGAGAUUAUAGAAUGACAGUGGACAUGCUACUAUGUGCGCUGGAUCAUCCAAGUUCAAAUCUGAUAGUAAUCGCACGAAACUUCCUAGAGGAAGAUGCAGUCUUUAAUAUUCACCUUUUGCACAAUAGAAGACUGAAUAUCUUCUUAGCAUACGAUCAGGUUGUAGAACCAAUAAUUCCUACUCAAAACCCACUAUGGCUUCUUGAAAGUCUCUGGCAAGCUUCUUUACAACCUUCUUUACAUCAACAACAAGGCCGCGGCGAACAUGUUGUUGACAAAAAGCUCAAGACCACCCCGAUGCCGACCGUAGACUACGUAUCCGGAAGUUCCGUCAGAUUACUUGAUCUGGAUCGUACUACACUUGCCAUCUGGAACGCUGUGGAUUCUGCAGCACUUGAAGAUUUGGAUCCUGUAAUCUCUGCAGCCAAUAUCGAUGCCUUCUUUAUGCUUAAGGGUCUUCCUCCUCCUGAUUUCACCAAGGUGUUUGCUGAUGAGGAUGCCCUCCCUGAACAUCUCAUCUCUAAAUAUCUAGGUUCCACUCUCCUUCUCGAUAUCGUCCCCAAAGGAAAUACACGUGUCAGAAAUCAGAGAAUUGCAACGUUCAUUCUUUUCCAUGCAUUGUCUUAUCUUUGCGAUCCAACAACCUUGCUUGUACUCUCAGAAGACGUUCUGGAAGAAGACUCUCUUCUCAAGACUGUUUAUGAAGCUGUGCGAUCGAAAGGUUUCACUCUUUUUUUUGAGCCGCCCAAGUCCAUAUUAGCGUCUGAGUUACAUUUGCAUCCCAGAUUACAAAGAUGGUUCUGA